CGGUUGUCCCCGUCACUCCUGCCGAACGUAAUAUGGCCGUCAAAAGUAGCAGAUCUGCUAUAUCAUCGAGACAAAUAAUUUAGCCAAAAAUAACGUAAAGUGUUUACAACGAGUCGGUGAUACAUCAUUAGUUAGUUUAUUCGGACCACUCGUUUUACCAAAAUACGUCCACAAUGAAGAUAACAGUGCGAAAUCUCUACCAAAAAAACUUCAUCAUCCACAUAGACCCAUCCAAAACGGUGAAAGACCUAAAGCAGCAAAUCGAGGCCGAGAAGGGCAAGGAGUAUCGUUGGGACUACCAGAAACUAAUUUAUAGGGGUAAAAUUUUAAAAGAUGAGACACCAUUGUUGGAAUACAAUAUUGACGAAGACAAAUUCAUUGUUAUUAUGGUUUCGAAGCCUGAAGCGGGCAGCGAAGUCGCCAAUAGCGGCGACAACUCCUCAACUGCCACCACUCAGCCUAGCGCAGCGCCCGCUCCGACGCCGGCAUCGGCGCCCGCUGCGGCCCCCGCUCCCGCCCCCGCUGCCGCCCCUGUGCAGCCCGCCCAGCCGACCGCCAACUUGAGCAGAUCGGCCGAGUCGACUCUGCUCAUGGGCGAAGACUAUGAGAACAUGGUACAAAACAUAGUGGACAUGGGCUACCCGCGGGAUCAGGUGGAACAGGCUCUGAGAGCCAGCUACAACAACCCCGACAGGGCCGUGGAGUACCUCAUCAACGGCAUCCCGGCCAUGACCGAAGACCAGGAGGCAGCUCCCAGCAUGUCGGGCAUCGACGAGAGGCAGUCGGACGCCAACGACCCUCUAGCAUUCCUAAGGAGUCAGCCGCAGUUUCAGCAGAUGAAACAAGUGGUCCAACAAAAUCCUCAACUCUUAAACGCCGUGUUGCAGCAGCUGGGGCAGACCAACCCGGCUCUGCUCAACUUGAUUUCCCAGAAUCAGGAAUCCUUUGUUAGACUGUUGAACGAACCUUCCAGCGGCGCCCCGGCGGCGGCGGCUCCGGGAAAUGCACCCGCAGCUCCUCUGGCGGCUCAAGGAGGCGGCGGUGGUGGCGGCGGCGGUGGCGGCGGCGGCGGCGCGCCCCCUCAGGCGGCCAUCCAGUUCACGCCCCAGGACAAAGACGCCAUCGAAAGAUUAAAGGCUUUGGGUUUCCCAGAACAUUUAGUGGUGCAGGCUUACUUCGCAUGCGAGAAGAACGAAAAUUUGGCGGCCAACUUUCUGUUGUCUCAGAAUUUCGACGACUAAUAACACGCUCGGUUUUCUUUUAAUUUUACUUUCAAGUUAUGUUUAUUUUCUGCCUAAUCAUUUUGUGAAUUUUUUUUAAAUUGUACUUUCUAAAUAAACCAUGCGUUUAUUGUACGUAUUUCGCUUGUAAA